UCAGACCUGCCGGCAGACGGCGACUCUUAAUCUUAUCUCACCCCACUAGUUUAGUCCAUUGCUCAUAAAAUAAAUAAUUAUCCCAUUAAAUAUCUUGAUAAUUUAUCCCAACCCCGAACAUUGGUCCUUCGAGCCAUUAGUCGUAUUUUUGGCAGGAUCAGGGCGCGUGUGCUUUCGCAAUAUUUUUUUGCUUAGUGUGUGUGUUAUACUGAUACCUGCGUAUCAAAAGAAUACAUCUAGAACUACGAUUUUUGGAUACACCUCUUUUAUCCUAAUCACAUUGCUUUAGAAAGGCAAUAUAACUCAACAUUUGUACACCUCGUGACCUCGGUGCCUUAGGAAGGCACUACAUCUCUUCACCUCGUGACCUCGGUGCCUUAGAAAAGCACUACAUCUCUUCACCUCGUAACCUCGGUGCCUUAGGAAGGUACUACAUCUCUUCACCUCGUGACCUCGGUGCCCUAGGAAGGCAUACUACAUCUCGGAUUCAGUACAACCUUGCAGGUAUUGCGAGGAUAUCUUGAGCAACUUAUCAGCUGAACAAGUAAGGUUAUAUUAUUAUCUCUGAUAAUCUUUAAUUAUGUCCACAAUGGAAGAAAUUUUAGCUACCCAACAACAGUUGGUGGACGCAUUGGAUAAGCUUUAUAUCAACUUUAAGAAGGAUGGAGCGGAGCGAAAGACUCCCGAUUAUAUGCGUCGUCGUUUGGAAACGUUAGAACAAUAUUUUACAGAUAUUCAUAACAACCAUAUGACACUUUUAUCUUUUAGUGAUCAGUCUCAUGAAUAUUUUACUUUUAAUAAAUACGAGCAGAUUAAGAAAAAACAUGGUAAUAUUAAGACAACCUUAAUAAAUUAUAAGCCUUUGGCAAGCAUUAAAAAAUCCCCUGAAUUACAACCUCCAACGUUUCAAGCCCCGUCUACCUCUAACGCAUCGACCUCUAAUGAAUCUCAGGAAAUAUCUCUCAAAAAUAACUCUAAUAUGAGUAAAACAGAAGAGCUCAUGAGAAAACAAACUGCAAAUUUUAAAGCUUUUCUGAGAACUGCCUCGAGUAUAGAACUUGACCUUAUCUCGGAAAAGUGGGAGUUAGAAGACAUCCUAAAGACCUUGCAAGUCCGUUGGACUGCGAUUGAUAGCUUACAUUGGGAGUUGGACAAUGAACUUUGUGGUUCCAACCGAGAAUAUGAAGAUCAAAUUACAAAUUACGAAAAAUAUUACAUUAAAGUUAAGAAGGAUAUCAAUAAAAAGAUGUGGUCGGUAGCACACAUCGAGAAAACAACCCCUACAAUGGAGUUACCAACCUUCGAGGGAAAUUAUAACCAAUGGGUUUCCUUCAAAGAUCUCUUUACGGAAACUAUUCAUAGUAACCCAUCUCUUUCAAAUGCGCAGAAAUUACAAUUUCUCAAAAGUAAGGUUAAGGGUGAACCUGAGAAGUUGAUUCAACAUCUCCAGGUAAGCUCGGAUAAUUAUCUCAUUAGCUGGAAUAUUCUCAGUCAUCGCUAUGAUAAUAAGCGCCUAAUCUUUACAUCUCACCUUAACAAUCUCUUAAAUAUUCCUAAUAUUCAAUACCAGUCGUAUAAUCAUAUCAAACGCAUUCACGAUGUUACAAACGAGAGUAUAAAUGCGAUAGAAAAUCUUGGAAUUAACGUUUCUUCCUGGGAUCCCUUCCUUGUAUGUAUAUUGUCUCAGAAGUUAGACGCAGACACGUACAAUGAAUAUAUACAGUCUUUGAAAUCGCCGAGAGAAUUACCCGUAUUACAAGAUUUUUUGCAGUUUUUGGUUUCCGAUUGCGCAACAAACGCAGUUGGGAUGGAUAAUAACCGGUAAUUAUAAAACCUAUCAGUGUAAUAUAAUCCUUAAUAACGAUAUCCAAAGGUUUUGGGAAGUAGAAGAUAUUCAUGAACCCUUAAAUAUGUCACAGGAAGAUCAAAAUUGUAUAGAGUUUUUUCAGAAUACAACCUCAAGACGUGACGACGGCAGUUACGUUGU